CCGCCAUCUUCACGAAGGUCAGUGCGAUUCAAUGGGAACUUUUGUUUAGGUCGUCGCUUUAAUUCGCACACAGAGAAAAGGAAGAUCUUCAGCUACUGCAAAUGACAGAGACUGUGAUUUGACGUCGUCGUAGCUGCUUUUGAAAGUUUCAAAAUGUCGUGUGCUGCCUCUCUCAAACGAGAACUCAAGAUUUUAGAGACACAUUUCCCCAAAGAAAAUGAAAGGUUCCAACUCCUGUCGGCGAACAUGGAUGAAUUGACUUGCAAGUUUAUCGGUUCAAGUGACGAGGUCUUUAUCAUACAUUGCAAUUUCACAGAUUCCUACCCUAUGUCACCCCCAGUCUGGUUCUCUGAAGCAGAUGAUGCAGUUAUCUCAACAGUGAUAGAACAAUUAGGUGAUGUAACAGGUUCAGAAUGCUUGUUGUUGCGGCAUGUGAAACAUUUAGUGUGUGAACUGUGUAAGCUUCAUAAUGUAAAUCUACCAGUCAGUCUGCCUCAUCUUGUGCGACAAUUACCACCAGAGAGAAAUGAUGAGGAGAUGGUUAGUGCAGAUGAAGAUGAAAUACCAGAUGAUGAUGAUGAGGAAGAGGUCCAUGAGGUUGAUGAUUGCUUAGACCAUUAUGAAAUGGAAGAUGAACCUAGCAAAAACGAGAAGGACAACGACGAAAAGGAAAUUGAUGCAGAAAACUUUGCAGUGCUAGCAAGACUGAAAUCAAAUCAAAGGAAAGAUUACUUAAAGGGCUCUGUGUCCGGAUCGGUAGGAGCUACAGAUAGGCUGAUGAAGGAACUAAGGGAUAUCUACAGAUCGGACAGCUUCAAGAAGAAAAAGAUGUAUUCAGUAGACCUGGUCAAUGACAGCUUAUAUGACUGGAAUGUCAAGAUAUACACAGUUGAUUCGGACAGUCCACUCCAUGCAGACCUUUGUCAACUAAAGGAGAAAGAAGGCAAGGAUCAUAUACUCCUCAAUAUGACCUUCAAGGAGCACUACCCCUACGACCCUCCGUUCGUGCGGGUGGUUUGGCCCAUCCUAACAGGUGGAUACGUUUUAGGGGGUGGUGCAAUAUGUAUGGAGCUGCUUACUAAGCAGGGUUGGAGCAGUGCCUAUACCAUUGAGGCUGUCAUCCUUCAGAUUGCUGCUACGCUAGUCAAAGGCAAGGCCAGGAUACAAUUUGGGGCCGGCAAGAGUCAAUAUAGUCUUGUGAGGGCACAGCAGUCUUUCAGGUCACUAGUCCAAAUUCAUGAAAAGAAUGGCUGGUUCACACCACCCAAGGAGGAUGGCUAGGAGACUGUCAUGUUUUCCAAUGCAAAGCAGUUUAUCUACAAAGACAAAUUGAACUUUUCCCAGAUUCUUGGACUUACGUGAACUGCCUUUUCUGGCAGGUGGUGAUUGUGAUUGAUAAACUACGAACAUGGAUAUUAUGGAUAUUACAUUGCUAGUGAAAUAAAUCAGUCUUUUGUAAAGAUUCAUCAUCAUCAUCAUCAUCAUCAUCAUCAUCUCGUGGAAAACGUUUGCGUGGAGCGCUUCCAGCGAAAAAACAAUUGCCAAUCCUGGAGGCAACGUAGAGUGCAGUCUGUCUGUCCCUGUACGGUAUGCAGCGUUUAUGUUUCAUUUCCAGCAGAACUCAAGGCCGAUUGAGAUUAAAAUGUAAUUAUGCCAGCUCUGAGCGGAGUGCCACAUUAUGACGGUAAACAACGAUUUGUAAACUAUUAUUUUUGUAAUGUCAGCAAGGUCAUCAGCUGGUGUUUUGGACUUGAACCAAGUGGGAAAGAUGGAUGUGAUCAUGUUAUUCAUGCAUUUGGAUAAGUCCUUGGAUUGGUAGAGCUACACUGAGUUACAACCGACUUUUCCAAGUCGCUCUGCGGACUUCUACCGUUUUUAUCCCGGUUUUAAUUUUGUACAAGGAUUGCGUUCAUGUUUGGAAGAAUAUUAUGGAUUAUACGCUCAAUCGCACGUCAUAGCCUUCCUACAUUGUGUAUUUAAUCAUGGUUCUACAAUGUGUAUGGAAAUCCUUCAAAUUUCUCAGAGGAUUAUCGUAUAAAAUGCAUCUCAUAUUUGAUCCAUUGCUAAUGAGGUUAAUUGCUAUGUAAAAGCAAUAGUUAAUGUGAGGAUCUUAAUAUUUACUAAUUCUUUUUCUCACACAAGAAGAAAAUUGUGUUUUGUAUGGGAUUCCUACAUACAACAGUAAUACUUCAGAUGGAAGGAUAUUCAUUAUCCAAUAGUUCAGAAGUCUGCACGUAGUUAAAAAUUUGGGCAAAGCAGAAAGUGUUCAAAGUUACGUCUAAUGCAGUAUUUUCUGCAGAUAGAGAAGCCAACUCUGAUAUCAAAGGUCAUCUUUAUCUAAUGGACCAUGAGACAGAGGUUCUCCAGCUGUCUUCAGCUGUUCUAGUUAGCUGAUCAUAUGACAUUCCUGCCCACUGUGUGAUGUUAUUAGUCCACGGUCAGCCCCUCUUUCUUCUUCCAUCAGUUCCUCCUUGCAAGAUAGUCUUUGCCAAGUUAUUCUCCCAUCAAGGAACAUGCCCAAACCACUGCAACUGUCUUUAAACAAAUUGUGAUGAAGUGAUUGUGUACCCCCAUAUAGCUCCCCAUCAUCUCUCUCACUUUCUUCUUGGACGUAUGCAAAGUGUAGUGGAUACUCAUGCAAUUCAUCUCAAAAGCAUUGAUUUGCUUUUCCAUCUCUGCAUUCAGUGUCCAUGUUUCACAGCUAUAAAGAGAGACUGAUGUUACCAGUGCUCUCAACAGGUAAUGGGCUCCAAUAAAUCAAAUGGGCGUGGCACAACCAGCAAGGAACCUAUCCAGUAUGUUCCUGUCGUUUCCCUUUGCCCCCAUACAGUGUUUCCUCCCUUAUGUUUAUCCAGAAAGAAAAAAAUAGCAUGAAUUCUUUGAAAUGGUUCUUUCUUCUGUAUAUUUGUACUAGAUGUUAGGAAUAUCUAAUGGGCCAUAAGUUAAAAAUAUACUUAAAGAAUAUGAUUUCUCUUAAAAAUGGGGCAAUGCGGUUACUCUAUGUAAGCGUCGUCUAAGUGCAGCUCAAACUCCUUGAGUGUUAAAAUGAAACUUGAAGAGUAGCACAUUUAUAUGUAUGUAUAGUUUGUAUUGACAAAGCAGAUUGAGUGAAAUGGCCAUUGUAUGAUGAGAGGGAUCCUAUGUCUGCAACCCUAAAGAUUAUACAUGAAAUGAAGAGGAUUUAUUUUGUAAUUGCUGAUUGAUUACUUUCAUCAUAUUCCAAAUUGCGGAAUUGCCCAAGAGUAAGUGUGUCAAAAUAUAAGCAAGAACAAAGCAAUCUUCACUAAAAUAGAUAGCCAUGUCCUUUUAACAUUCAAAAACUUGAAUGCUAUGUCUGUGAACACAUCCAUUUUAUAAGCUUUUUAGGAUUUUAAGCAUGGAAGAUGACAUUUUAAGGUUUUUCAAUGAUAUUAAUGAAAUCU